AUGCUAUCCCCGAACGCAGUUGAUCGUGACUCAAAUUCUCCGCCAGGGGGUGCAGUCAAUGCAGGAAAACGUAAGCGGAAGGUCUACUCGUGUCAUGAAUGUCGACGACGCAAAUUGCGAUGCGACCGGGGCUAUCCUUCAUGCAACAGAUGCCAGCGAACAGGCCAGGCAGACGCCUGUAUCUAUGAUGGGCCACCUCCGAAGCGUGCUCCAUCUGAAACUCCUACGCGUUUAGCCGCCCGGACCCCAGUGGUUAUGCCGGAAGCAUCUACACAUGAAGUUCACCGUCCACGAAUUGGCCCUUCUAUCAGUGCUGGCAGACUGUCGAGUAAUUUGGAAGCAGAACGGAACAAUGGAACGUGGCAGCUACUUAGUGCAAGGUCAGCACCCGUCUUUCAGUAUGAAAAUGAGCGGCCUCAUGUUAAGGAUGAUAACGAAGAGCCUGUUUUGGAGAGCAAUCGUCAGGACUCCAUUCGCACUGUGAUCUUCCGCGGAGAGAACUUUCGAACUCAGUAUUUUGGUGGAAGCAAUCCAGCUAGUCUAAUAGGCCAUUUCCCGGAACUUCGUUACUUUAUGAAGGACGCUAUAAGAAAUCACAAAUCUCUUUAUAGAGUUCAGCAUGACUUGAAGAACAGGCAUAAGAAAUGGAAACUUGAGAAGAUUAACACCCUAUCCACUCCCCAGUUGGAUUUCACAUAUCUUCUUCCAUCACAAAAAACAAUCGAUGAAUUGGUACAUCUUUACCUUGAUAAUUUUGAGCCGAUAUACCGCAUAAUCCACAUUCCGUCUUUUUGGAAUGAGUAUGUCAAGUUUUCUAGUGACCAUCAAUCGACAUCGUCAGCGUUCGUGGUCACUAUCCUUUUAAUAAUGGCUGCCGCAAGCUGCAUUGUUCGCAAUGAUCAGAUUCGAUAUAUGGGCGAUAGCUCGCUAGCUAGAGAGCGGGCAGUCAUGUGGAUCGAGGCAUCCGAAUCUUGGUUAAGAUCUCACAGCCAGAAGAAUAUUUACUUAGCCGUGUGGCAGAUCCGAUGUCUUUCAAUUCUUGCAAAGCUGGUGAACACAGUGAAGAAAAAGCGCCAUUGGACUGAGGCUGGGACACUAGUAAGAGAAGCAAUGGCGGCAGGCUUUCAUCGUGAUCCGUGUCUUCUAGGGGAGAGGAUAUCGGCCUUUGAUAGAGAAAUGAGACGUCGUAUGUGGGCAACGAUGACUGAGCUGGAGCUCCAAGCUUCAACUGACCGUGGAAUGACCUCAACGUCGGCGGGAAUUUUUAGCGACACCAAAGGCGUCCUGAAUAUUGAAGAUAAAGAUUUGACUGAUGAGCCAGUGGAAUUGGUCAAUCAGAGACCCAUUACCGAGUAUACUACAAGCUCGUUUCUCUCCUUUUCAAACGCGAGCUUCUCCUUGCGAGUAACAUUAAACACGGUUGUUAAUGAUAUUAGCUCUUCAGUAAAGUAUGAAGAAGUCAUGCAUUAUGAAGAGCUUAUCACCAAGGCUUUGCAAGAGCUUCCCUCGUGGGAAUCGAUUCAGUCUCCCUCAAACAGCGGCUCUCUCUCUUUACUAGCACGGUCACUUCUCGAUAUUCAACUACGGCAGUACUUGAUCAUGUUGCAUGGCCCAUUUGCUCGUCAAUCAGAAAGCACUUCACGGCAUUCUUUAUCUCGAAUGAUUUGUUUUGAGGCUGCCGCUAGUAUUAUUGACCAGCAUAAACGGCUCAACGAAACCCACACAUCCGCCCUGUUAUUGCUUCGACAUGAUUAUUUUCGCGCCGCAUUAGUGAUAUGCCAGAACUCACUCAUUUCAAUAAGCCUUCGAAAUGACGUCCUUUUGAGUUCUAAUACUCCUAUAUUUUUUGAAUAUAUAGAGAAGGCGCUUGCUUUGCUCGAGGAUCGGAUUGUACAGCUUGGCACCGGAUAUACUCACCAUUGGUAUAUUUCGGCUGGGCGUGCUUUAUUGAGCUUGACCUGUUCUCCAGAGCAGUCGACCCAGGAGGGCGAGCAGGCGGUCGAUCGAGUUGCAAGGCAAUACUACAGGGUAAUGGCCUCACAGGUGGAUAUAGAACUGGCAAAAGAGAAAAUUAUGACCCUACCAGAUAAUGGAGAAAACGCGACAUACGAUCAAUCAAGGUCUCCAAAUGAUUUAAUGGAUAAUUUCAACUCGUCCCUCGAUGACCCAAAUGCACUUGAUGUAAAUUCUCUUUUUGAGCACGGCAUGGAUAAUUUCUUCGGCGAUCCAGAGGUUUGGGUAUUCGAUAGUCUUUACCCGAUGGGAGUAUAA